AUGAAGAAGAAGAAAUAUGAGAUACCUUGGAGGAGAGGAAAUCUUGGAAGAGAGGAGACACUAAGAUGUAAAAAAAAAAAUGGCUCACAUGCAUGGCUGCUAUACCUUUACACUGGGUUAGCUCUGAGGGAAAACAUUUUGAGAGUCAAUGGAAGUGAUAUACGUCCAUGGUGGAUUAAACAUCACUAUUGUGCUAUGGCUAUGGCCCUCAUAAGUCUUACUUGGGAGAUAGAGAGGGGGCCAGAUUGUUCCCAGAAACAGACCGGGGUUCAGCUAUUCCUUUAUUGGGCAAUAAUGCAAGGGUUUGCCAUGAUUCUUCAGAAUAGAUAUCAAAGGCAAAGACUGUAUACACGUAUUGCAAUGGGAAAGGUACCCAUGAAAUCCUUGGGUUUAUCCAACAAGAACUUGUGUGCUUUAUCACUGAUUUUUUUCUAUUCCCUCGAGAAAAGUUUACCUUUUCUUCUUGUACUUCUUUUUUGGCAUAAUUCUGAAACAACUUCAUAUAUUUGCAUGCAUCAGAGCUAAGAUGCGGACAUGUAAAACAAUUCUAUUAGACCAAUUUAUUCUUCUGCUUAUUUUCUCUCCCCAUAAGUUGUUGG